GAAACUUAGCCAUAUUAAUAACAUUGCAGCAGGCACCCCCGAAAAAAAAACCCGCCAACGAGAAAAAAGAGGGUUAAAUGACGUCAAAAGUUUAUCUGGGAUGGGGGGGAAGAAAAGUUGCCACGGCUGUUUGGGCUCUGAUUUAUGCCGCCGAAUGCCAGGAGACGCCUUCAACGACGCAACGCAACAGUUGCAACUCUCUUAAUGUCGGCGUUUAUUUGAAUAAACUCCAACUUUGAUUUCACAGGCAGGCGAGCACGGCACGGCAAAAAGUUGCAAACUUUUUCGGUUAACUGAUUUCCACACAGACCCACCUGCAGCCUCUCCACUUUUGUUCACUGGCUUUUUCACACAGAGAAAAGAGAGUGGGAAAAACAAAAAAAUUAUUUCGUUCUCGCGCCCCCCAGGAGACUCAUAAUUUAGCGGGAGUAUAUCAAUAAAUUACGCAUGCAGCAGCAGGUGGAGAGACCCGAUGGCCGGGGUUUUGCUGCCAGAGAUAAAAGUAUUGAAAAAGUAUCCAAUUAACUGCGUAGCUAUGUCUGGUAGUAUGAGUAUGAUGCAACUUUGACCAUUCCAACCCAAUCUGGAGGGGUGGCUGCUUCAUCUCAUCUCGGAUCUCGGUCCCAGGUUAAGUCACCCCCAAAACAUAAGGUGAGCGUCAGGCAUCAAGUGGCAGACAGCAGGCAUCAGGCAUUCGACAUCAGGCUCCAUUAAUCAAUUACAGCCCAACCAGGCAACCACCCACAGCAGUUACCCAACCAUAACCCAUCCGGAGAUCACACUUGCCAACUGUUACUAUGCAGGCACUGGAAGAAACUAGAUGUAAGUCUAAAGGUUAUCUUUAAAUUAGAAAUAAGUCUCACGAAUACGACUUAAAUGUCAAAAUUGCUUGUCAAAAAUUGCUAAUUUUUUCGAAUGCUAAUAAAUAUUCUUAGAAAACGCAACCAAAAUCUCCAAGUUCUUUCUUUGAGUGCAUUUUCCAGGACAAAAUUCAAUCUCCUGCAACCAGUGCGGGGCAUUCAUCCGACCUGCCACCUGGGCGACACACUUCAUUCGAUUGUCGAGAUUGUCGGAGGCUUAGAUUGAUGCCCGACGGCUUGCCGAAAAACUCUGCGAAACAAUUUCAAAAUUUCAGUCUCUCUGAAGGGAAAUCAAAAUCGAGUGAAAAUGACUCUGCUCACAGGAGCCACAUCCGUGGGAUUUCAAAGUCACAGGCCAGCCAAGUUGAUCAACUGGCGACGCUUAGCCGCCCUUCUCCCACAACCCAACUCGGGAUCAUCGAAUUUAAAAGAACUUAAUCAGGUACAGCGACGUCUUCAGGACGAUUUCCUAGGCUGUGAGGCAUUGUGGACCAUUUUCAUGGCCGCCACUUGGAGUUAUCGUUAUAGGACGCGGUUAAGACCACUUCCCAGUCGCUGGAAUAGCAUAGAUCUGCUGUGUAAUACCGUUGGAAAUACACCCAGAUUAGAUGUACUGCAAGAACAGCUCAUGCACGGCGACUAUCAGGCUUGCUCACCCAAGGUGGUCCGUUUGCUGACGGACGUCUUGGUGGAUCAAGCCGAUCUCGUGUCCUUGAGCACCCUGCGACCUUGUGAGUUCGAGGAGUUGUAUGCCCAUUUGGGUAUGCCAGCACCUAAACAACGACCCACCCAGAUCUUUGAGGUGCGAAUGGGUCGAGGAAACCAGAAAAGUGAAGCCUAUGCCCGUUUGAGGCAACAAAACAAGGAAUCCGUUCGCCUGGGCUUCUAUGGUUGCAAGUUGGAAAAGCUAUAUGCCCUGCUCAAUAGUAAUACCCUAACAAACGGGAGAAGGCUAGAGCUAACUAGCGAUGUCAAUGAAGCCCUGGCUAGAAGUAAGCCCCAAGCUGGCUUGGGUGGCUCCCGAUGUGGAUCAAUUCUUCGAUGUGUGGUUGUGGUGGAAUUUGUUUUCCAGGACAAUGAAACUAGUCCCGAUAAAAGGCAUGUGAUCAUCAAGGAUGCGGAUACCAUGCAGGUAUCUUAUAUACUUUUCUAUGGACAGACAUGCUCGGAACAUGCGGCUGAGAGGCAGAUGCUGCAAAUGCAACCUGCUCGGAAGUUGCUCAACUGGCUGGAAAGCCAUCAGGAUGAAGCCAUAUCCUUGGGCGUUAGCCUGAUGAUCGUCUCGUCGUUGGCUCAUUUUGGCUGCAGUUUCUUUCAAAUUUUCGCCCGAAAUGGCUUGCACGUUCUUAAGCGAGGACUUCUAUAAAAAUUGAUAAUCGUAAAGUUUUAUUUUUGGCGAACUUUAGCUAAACCUGUGACCUUGAACCUGCUGUUGCUGGGUUUUGUUACUGACUUUGGUUUUGAUUUCAAACUGAUACUGAAAGUCAGUAACAAAACUCAGUGACAGACAUCAAAGAAAUGUUUGAAAUGAAAUCGAUUUGUAUCUUUAA